CAACAGGGAGAGAGCUGCAAUGAUUUCAGUUUCAUGCAAAAAUGCCUUCGUUUGGACAUCGCAGUAGUAAGCACAUACAAUACCGUCAGGGAGCCCCCAAGCCCGCACAAAAAACCUGCCAAAAACACAGAGAGCCCUAUUAAAGACACACAGGGACAUGUUCUUACCAAAUCCAAGAAGUAAACAAUGAGGCUCAUUGAUGCAACUGGAGGAUCAACACAAACUUGUAACAUCAAAUUGGCUUGGUCAUGAGUGGAAUAGUUCAACAGAUCUCUGUAGGUGCAGCCACCCCCUACUUCCUGCGAGUGGACUGGGCCGUAGACCUGGGUGUUGGAUUCACAUUAGCUCUCACCGAUGGACACUCGGCGUGGAUCGGAGAGGUUUCAGAAGAUGAGGUGACAAAAGAAGCCAACGACUUGGGAGCCACAAGGGACAGAUAUGUUGAGGAUCUUCUUCAAGCGCUAACAGGAGGCCCAGGAAGUAGAGGAGGAGGAAGGAGAAAAGGCGACAAGGCUGUGUAUUCAUUCCACGUCACAACAGAUCACUGUCAUCUCUCAUAUCAGAAGAUCUGUAAUGACAUCUCGGUUCAUUUGGGUUCAGUAGAGCUCCAGCCAGCUCCAGACCCUCUGGAGCUGAAGCGGGAGAUGAUUGGCCAGUCUCUAAAGUAUAGUACAGAUCUGGAGUCCAAGAACUGCCAGCUGUUAGAGGAGAACCGUAGACUGAAACAGGAGCACCAGAGAAUACUCAGAGAGCUGGGGCAGCAAGUGGAGGAUAAGGAGAUGUUGGAGGGGAAGAUGUACUCACGUUUUGUCAUGGUGCUGAAUGAGAAGAAGGCCAAGAUCAGAGGCCUGCAGGAAGCUGUCCGCCAUCUCCAGCCCACUGAAGACCAGCAGGCAGAUGGAGAGGGUACACAUAGUGACAAUGACACAACUUAUGGCGAAGACGACAGUCAGGACAGAAAGGAGGAGACGGUUCAGAGGAUCCAUCCAUCUCAGGAGCAAACUCUUCUCAUCACAGGUUGUAAUCUGGUGAGCCAGGGCAUCUCUAUGGACCAGACUUUUUCUGAUGAAGAGGAUGAACAACCGCGGCGAAAGCGAAGAUUACUUCACACCCUGAGCCCUGAACCUUCUGAGCAGGAAUAAAGGCAGGUCCUAAGGUCAUCACAGUGUGUCUUCACACUGACAGUAAUGAACCUCUGGAGAUUUACUCGGGUCUUCAUCUGACCAUUCUACCUUUGACUUCUCGACCUUCCUGCUGUCUUUAUGAUUUUGAUGAUACCUAAACGUCAGCUGAAGACCACGGGUGGCCGCCUGGAUAAUCCCACAACACGCGCUUGAAGGUUUAGUAAUCCCCACAGGAAUGUCACACUGUCUCCUCUAUACAUCCCAAAGGCAUUUUGUGAGCAGAGGCCCAGAUCAGUUUCUGAGGAUGAUUUACAGAUGAAUGCAUGAAGGUUUGAUCGAGAAUAAGACAAAGAUUAUGAAACUCUGUUAAUAUUUCACUCACUGGUUUUAUUUAAAAUAUUAGAGCAUGCUUACAUGACUACAGAAUAGCAAAGAAGAAAAAAGGCUUAUUUUUCUUAAAUUCUUUUUUAAAAAACCUAAUGAUGUGUUUUCCUUGUGUAAAAUACAUUUAAAUGUUUCUCAGCUGAUUCAAUCUAUAUCAUAUAAUCUGUAUUUAUUUCAUGUUCUAGAAAUGUAUUUAAAUAAAAAAUAUUUUAAUUGGGAAAAAAAUGAAAAGUUGUAAAUGUUUUGCAAUAUGUUUUAAUGUUUUACGUGGCAAGGCAUGUUCAUUUGAACUUGACUUCAAUACACAUUCAAACAUAUUUUUGUCUUUUCUGUAUUUUUGAAAUAUGAAGUCACUGCCUAACAGACAAAAAACAUGAAUAAUUGUUUGUAAUAAAGCCGUAAAUGUACAACA